CCAGGCUGGCGAGAGCCAGCCAGGCCAUGGCGGAUGUCCCCGGGGCGCAGCGACCGGUUCUCGGCGGCAGCCCAGAGCCCCGCGAUCCCCUGGACUGCUGGGCCUGCGCUGUGCUGGUAACUGCUCAGAACCUAAUGGUGGCUGCCUUCAAUCUACUCCUGCUGGCGCUGGUGCUGGGGACCAUCUUGCUACCCGCUGUCACCAUGCUAGGCUUCGGCUUCCUCUGCCAUUCCCAGUUCCUGCGCUCUCAGGCACCCCCUUGCACCGCGCACCUACGGGACCCGGGCUUCACCGCCCUGCUGGUCACCGGAUUCCUACUCCUCGUUCCGCUGCUCGUGCUUGCCCUGGCCAGCUACCGCCGCCUCUGUCUACGCCUCCGCCUGGCCGACUGUCUCGUGCCUUACAGCCGGGCCCUCUAUCGGCGCCGGCGGGCCCCGCAGCCGCGGCAAACCCGGGGCUCACCAGGGUCCCAAGCCGUUCCUACGCCGGGAAAGGUUUGGGUCUGAGGAGCCUCGAGUCAAGAACACUAGUGCCGUCCUCCCUUCCCGUGGGGCCCAAGGACUCGAAGCCAGGAUCUUCUGCCCUACCCCCACCCCAACCUGAGCCGGGUUCUAGCAUCCAUUUGGGGGACAGCAACAUUUUUGGACCCCAGUGCUGGCGAAAACUCCCACGCCCCGGAAAAACUGCUUUCCUGUGACUACCCACAUUUGAAUCGUGAAUAUCUGGGCUGGACCUUCCCACUCCCUUAACGUGAUCAGGACAACUGAACCUGUGCCAUCCUUUUCAGCUUCAGCUCCUCUAGAAUUUUACAGGGCUGAGGGGCAAUGCUGGAGGUGAAGAAAGACACAUCAAUAAAGAAUUUAUGAA